AUACCUCUUUCACAAUGCAAGUUAUGAAUGAAAUUCAUUAACUAACAUCCCCUUCCACACCCUGAUCUCCGAUAGACUUCCUGUAACGCUUGGAAGAAAGGGUCAGGGGAGAAGGGUUGAAGGUCACCAUGAAGCUAAAGCAGCGAGUUGUGCUGUUGGCCAUCCUCCUUGUCAUCUUCAUUUUCACAAAAGUUUUCCUCAUUGACAACUUGGACACCUCAGCUGCCAACCGGGAGGACCAGCGCGCCUUUCACCGUAUGAUGGCAAGCCUCCAUGUAGAACUGGACCCCCGACUUGACCAUACGUUGCAGUCCCCUUGGGAGAUUGCAGCCCAAUGGGUGGUGCCUCGGGAGGUGUAUCCCGAGGAGACACCCGAGCUAGGGGCUGUUAUGCAUGCCAUGACAACAAAGAAAAUAAUAAAAGCUGAUGUGGGGUACAAAGGGACCCAACUGAAAGCUUUGCUAGUACUUGAAGGAGGACAGAAGGUUGUCUUCAAACCCAAGAGAUAUGCCAGGGAUUAUGUAGUGGAAGGAGAACCAUACGCUGGCUAUGACAGACACAACGCAGAAGUGGCAGCCUUUCACUUGGAUAGAAUUCUGGGUUUCCGACGAGCUCCACUGGUGGUUGGCAGGUUUGUGAAUCUACGUACAGAGAUCAAACCAGUAGCCACAGAGCAGCUUCUGGGUACCUUCAUGACUGUGGGUAAUAACACUUGCUUCUAUGGGAAGUGCUACUAUUGUCGGGAAACAGAACCAGCUUGUGCAGACGGGGACAUCAUGGAGGGGUCAGUGACUCUGUGGCUACCAGAUGUCUGGCCUCUUCAGAAACAUCGGCACCCAUGGGGUAGGACUUACCGUGAAGGCAAACUUGCCAGGUGGGAGUAUGAUGAAAGCUAUUGUGAUGCUGUGAAGAAGACUUCACCGUAUGACUCGGGCCCUCGUCUCCUUGAUAUCAUUGACACCGCCAUCUUUGACUAUUUGAUUGGGAAUGCUGACCGACAUCACUAUGAGAGUUUCCAGGAUGAUGAAGGAGCCAGUAUGCUCAUCCUGCUCGAUAAUGCCAAAAGCUUUGGAAACCCUGCCCUGGAUGAAAGAAGCAUCUUGGCUCCUCUUUAUCAGUGCUGCAUCAUCCGGGUUUCUACCUGGAACAGACUCAAUUACCUGAAGAAUGGAGUACUGAAGUCUGCCUUAAAAACUGCUAUGUCGCACGACCCCAUCUCACCAGUGCUUUCUGACCCUCAUCUGGAUGCCCUAGACCAGCGGCUUCUCAGCAUUCUGGCUACAGUGAAGCAGUGCACAGACCAGUUUGGGCCAGAUGUUGUGCUGGUGGAAGACAGGAUGACUCUGUCUCAUUUGUAAUCGUAGUGGAACACAGAUGAAACUCCUUUUUUAAAAACAAACAAACAAAAAAGCGAUAGAAAAACAGCACAAUCAGUUCAGAAAGGCUGUGGCCAAGAUGGACUGAAAUGAACAGGAAAGCUUCCAAGCCAGAGGAACAGAGGGGUGACGCUGGCUUUUACCUUGGGCUGACAGCAGGGAGAGGUGGGAAGUUGGAGCCUUGGACGGCUCAGUACCCGUAAUGGCGUCUUGGCCGUUGGGGUGUGUCCAUUGCCGGCAGUGGACAUUGCACUGGAUAAAAAUGGCUCUUGGUGUUGGUGGAAGUGUGUGGAAUACAGACACUAAUUUGUGGACUGAAUCUAGAGGGGACAAAUGGAGAUGAACAGUACGAUCCUCUCCCCUUCUCUUCCCCACAUAGACUCUUGCGAGUUUUUGUCCGAUUCAGGGUUGUACAUAAUCAGCUGUGAGCUGGUUAGGCAUUUUACUGCUUCUUUAGAGAAAGAGGAAGUGGUGAAUAAAAUAAUUAUUAGACUGAAGAGUUGUGCCACCCCCCCCGGGGGUGGGAUGUUCUUCUGAAUGCCAUUAAGGGUGGGAGAGGGGACCUCUCUGCUCAGUUUGUCUUUUCCUCGAUAAAAGGCUGCGAAAGGGGGUUUGCCUCGUGAUAAUAAUGCUUCAGGGUUUUUGCUGAAGUCCUAUCAAAGAUUUAUCCACAGGGUUGGAGAUUUAGGGGAGGACAGGGUGGUUAUACAGCACUUGGUAAUUAAGGGGUUAAAGUAAGUUUCCGUGUGUCCUGUCACUGUUUUCCAUUUAUAAGGAGUCUGGCAAGGUCUGAGUAGAGAAAAUAUCCUUGCAGUUCUGUGUCCGUAUUAACCAAAUUUUCAUUAUAUUGUGGCUGAGGAGGAGGACAGAAUCUGUCCUUGGAAGCGGGUUCCGUUUAGCGAGGUCGUGCCGCUUACUGUAUGCCCUAUUUAAUGUGGGGAAUCUGGGCACGUUGCACUGGGGAAAGAGAGGUGUAUUACUGGACUUCCCCAGUAACCAACAGCCGUGGGCAAGGCCCUGAAGAGUGGAGAGAACCCUGAGCUGUGCUCUUUCUUCUUCAUCUCGUACGGAGAGAGCUUCCUGCUGCUCGGUGUUGUAACCACAGCUCAGUGCUGCUGUUUUGUGGAACAUCAACAGUUUUUCAGUCCCACUGUUUACCUGGUCUGGCUUGUGGCUGAGCUCUGAAGCUGUGAGCACUUCCAGUAAGUUUUCUGCCUUCCCCAACUGCUUCCUGCAACCCCCACUGCGAUGUUCUGACUGGGGUGAUCAUCCUGGGGUCCUUGCACCUCAUGGUUUUGCCGUAGAUAGGGGAGAGUUGGUGUAAGUUGGCUCUUCAGGGCAGACUUGUAGCACUCAUCUUGUGCUAGUCCUGUCAUCCUUCAGCACUGCGUCAGCCUGCGCUGCGGAUGAGCUUGUGGCCGUAGAACUUGUCACGCUUGUGGUAGGUCUGAAUCUGUGUCUCCAGAAGGGAAGCAGCUUCGUCAUUACAUUUCCAAAUUUAACGGCUUUGCAUCGAUUUUCAGUUUGGACAGUACGGCCCUUAGAAGUAAGGAAAGAGCUCAUUUCCCAAAGUGAUUACGUAUUAUUGCACUUGUGAGCAAGAGCAGCAAAAUGUCAGUUUAAGACCUUUUCCUUGAUAUGUCUGUCAAAAUCUUUCUAGCUCUGCAGUAGUGUGGCGGGCAGAUAAAGAGCUGUUCCCUGUUCUUGCACCUGCUGCCAUACCUGAUCAAAGAGGUGUUAGUGAGAGAGUUUAUUUUAAAAAUGCAGUUUUAUUUUGUUGAAGUCUUUUUGUCAUUGCAUGAGCAGAGUGUCUUGAAAGUAGAAUGUGUCUGUUUACCUGAAAUUGGAUUUUAUGUUCUUCUAGAUCUCUUCUGGACUUGGCCACAUCACAGACCCGCCCCAGAGUCAGGAUGGGAUCUGGAGUUAUUUAUUGGUGUUACUAGUCAGGACUGUGACACACAGCCAGCUUUUAGGACACUGGUGUUAAGAUAGUGCCGGUUUAUUGCUGUACUUGGUAAUAUAACAAAUGCUUUAGAAGCCAUGGUCCUUCAGUGAGUUUAACCCGCCGGCGCGGAUUGUGCCUUGCGGGUUCCCUUGGGGCAGAAGCGAGUGCGCUCGGCUGAUGGCGAGCGUGGGCAGGAGCCACGCAGGGAUGGCCCUGGGCCCUCGCUGGCUGAGCCGGCCCGUCGCUUGGCUGGCUGGCAGAUUUCGGCGGUUGAGCGAGACAUUUUUGGGAAGUACUGUGGGCGACAGUUGGGCGGUUAGUGAAUGCUUUUAUUCUAAAGCAGAAUAGGUUCUUACCGAGGCAUUUUGGCAUAAACUGUUUCCCAGGAAAUUUAAGAUGAUUUACACAAAGGGGAGAUGGUGAAGCACAUGGUAGUGGCUUGUAGCAUUUUUCAAAACAUGUUCUUCUCUUUGACCUUAAUCACGAGCACUUAAUAUUUUGGGAGGGAUCUACCAAAAUUUGAUGUUUUGAUUUCUAUAUGAUCGCUCUUGAUUUGAUUUAAUAAUGGAUUCCAAAAGAAGUCCUUCUGUCUUUAUGAAAUUAAAUUAGUGUUCAGGACUUAUGUAUUGUUUGUUCACGGAGCUCUAAGCUGAAGCUUUUGCCGUCAGAUGGAACCUGGGGAUAAGUUUUCCCCCAGUAUGAAUGUCAAAGAUUUAAAGCAGUGUAUUGGUUUAUUUGUGAACAAAGGGCUUGAAGUCCGGCGUCAUCAGUAGGAGGAAGCAAGAAAUGGUUGCUUUUUUUCGUCUUUUUUUUUUUUGUCAUAUUGAUACUUCUGGUCACUGUAAACACCACUGGAGCUUGGUGUUCUGCAGCAGGAAAGAAGAAUGAAUUCCUCUCUUACCCAAAAUCAGGAAGAUCUGAUUUUGGCCUUGUGAUCAUCUCUGGCAUUUUGGCAGUGAUCAUUGUUUUGCUUGAAUACAGAACCCUGAGAAAUUUUAACUUGUAACCAUUGCAAAGGAAAUAAGCAGCAGCAUCCACAUGCGAACAGGGUCUGCUUGGAUCUCUGAAAAACAGUGUCAUUUGUGAGGCAGGUGCUAUGCUUUGUCAAUGAGGUUUUCAUGACACCUUCUAAUUCUUGUUCACUGUGCACACUGUAAUCCGCUGGCUCCAGAUGUUACAAAAUGGUUGUGUUGUGGAUGUUAGUAAUAUCAGAGCACUUGAAGCAUAGAAAUCAAGAACUAAUUAAAAAGAGAGCAUCAUCAGCCUUCAGGAGGCACUGAAGUCGGCUCCUCUUCCAGCAGCUAAUGAACUGGAGUGUGUCUUGCCAAACAAACUUCAACUGAAAAAUACUAAUUUAUUAAGAAGGUAAUUUAUUUGCUGUGGCAGCUGGAGCAAGAUGCUCGAAACAGACACCCCUCUUGGAGCUGUCAGAGGAUUGCCCCUGGGAGCAGCUGCACAAAUGGAGGUUGCUAAUAAGAAAACAGAAUGCAAUCAUGACUUUCUACUUGUAUCCCCCAGGGUCAGAUUCCGCAUAAAGCAACAUUGUGUGAAUAAAGAUUUUAAU